CCAAUAAUUUGUAACAAGUUAAAGAAAUAAUUAUUUAAAUUAAUUUUACAUCAAUUUUAAGUUUAAUAUUAUCAAGUCAAAAUGAAGAAGAAGGUGCUGUUAAUGGGUAAAAGUGGCUCAGGGAAAACAAGUAUGCGUAGUAUAAUAUUUGCCAAUUACAUUGCUCGUGAUACUCGCCGUCUUGGAGCAACAAUUGAUGUAGAACAUAGUCAUGUUCGAUUUCUUGGUAACUUGGUGCUGAAUCUUUGGGAUUGCGGUGGUCAAGAAGCAUUUAUGGAAAAUUAUUUUGCAUCACAGCGUGACAAUAUAUUUAGAAAUGUAGAAGUUUUGAUAUAUGUUUUUGAUGUUGAAUCAAGAGAAUUGGAUAAAGAUAUGCAUUACUAUCAGAGUUGCUUAGAGGCAAUAUUGCAAAAUAGUCCUGAAGCAAAAAUAUUCUGUUUAGUACAUAAAAUGGAUUUAGUACAAGAAGAUCAACGAGAUAUAAUAUUUAGAGAGAGAGAAGAAGAUUUGAAAAGACUUAGUAAGCCACUUGAAUGUACUUGUUUUAGAACCAGUAUAUGGGAUGAAACAUUAUACCGGGCCUGGUCUUCAAUUGUAUACAUGUUGAUCCCUAAUGUAAAAGAGCUUGAACAAAGUUUGCAACAAUUUACAAACAUUAUUGAUGCAGAUGAAGUACUCUUGUUUGAAAGAGCAACGUUUUUAGUAAUUAGUUAUUGUCAAAGGCAACAUCACAGGGAUGUGCAUCGAUUUGAAAAAGUGUCGAAUAUAAUAAAACAGUUUAAAUUAAGUUGCAGCAAAUUAGCAGCUCAGUUUCAAAGCAUGGAAGUUAGAAAUACAAAUUUCGCAGCCUUUAUCGAUGUAUUUACGUCAAAUACAUACGUAAUGGUUAUUAUGUCGGAUCCCGCUAUUCCAUCAGCAGCAACGUUAAUUAAUAUCCGUAAUGCACGAAAACAUUUUGAGAAACUGGAGCGUGCUAGUCAAAGCUCAGCAUUAAGUAGAUAGAAAUCAGCUCGACCCAGGCGCGUUGUCACCCGGGUCCAAACUAUUAAUCAUUAUUAAAUAAAAUAAUUUCUCUUCAGAAGGAAGCCAGCAGAUUGAAAGUGCAGUUGCAUGAGAACUUUCGUUUUCUACUAAUCAAACUGAAUUAAUAGUUUUGUUAAUGAAGUAAUAAUUUCAGUAUACAAUUUUUAACAUACCAUUAUUAAUAGUACAAGAUCCUUAAGAUAACUCGUAUUAUUUUCCAGAAGAAAAAUUUCAAUUCUUUCUAAUUUUCUUAAUACAAAAUCUCAACGAAUACAUACAUAAAAUUAUUGAUAAGUAUGUACGCUAAUGGUGAAUGACAGAAAUAAAUUCCCGCUAACUUGAAA